AUGGCGGCCAAGAGACGCUGCAGAGCCGCCUGCGUCACGUGCCAGCCGUUCCUUUGCCCCCGCCCCUUUUCCGCCGGCGAGACGGGACGCGCCGUGCACGCAAAGCGAAAGAGGGGGGGGGGAAAUGCGCGUCGAGAAAGAGGGCGGUGGCUACGGAGACGCCGCUUCCGCCCGGGCCCAAGAUGGCGGCGCCCUUUGUCUGUUCCGUGUCACUCUGAGCGCCGCCGCCGCCGCCGCCGCCCGGGAUUAUGUGACGCGCGCCGGAUAGCAGGUGCGGGGUGGUGGUGGGGGCGGGGGGAGGGUUCGUGGAAGGGGAGGGGCCGGGAAGGGGAGGGGCAGGAAGGCAGCCGGGGUGGGGGGGCUGCCUGUCAGGGGGAGGGGGCUGCCAGCCAGCAGGUGGGGGGAAUUCAGGGGGCCGGGGGCUGCCUGUAAAGGGGGGCGGGGAGCUAAUGAGGGGCAUUGAAAGAGGCGGCAAGCUGGUGGGGGGUUGGGGGGCCGGAGGGGAGAAGAAACAAGCAGGGGGGCAAUCGGGGUGUGUGCAGUGGGGGAUCGAGGUUAAGGGGGCGUCCAGGAAAGCGAGCAGUGGAAGGGGGAGAGGAGGAAGGGGAUAACUGAGGGCGCUGCCCGCCUGUGGAGGCCAAUUGCCCCCCCAACACACACACACACACACACACACACACUCCGAGUGUCAGGUGCGGAAAUUCAGGUCAGUAACAUUUGUAUUGUGUUUGGAAAUACAAUUUGGAAUUUAAAAAUAGAAAAAAAGAAAUGUGGGGUGGUGGGACUUACUUGUUCAGGGUGGGGGGAGAGACACAAAGGUCCAGUUAGGAUUAUUUCUUGUUCCCCUUUUUUUUGGUGAGGGGCAGGAAGCCUGUGACAGAGUUGACUUGGGGGUUCAAAGCGUAUUCGGGUGAGGGGAAGGGGCUGUUGCUCAGUGGUUGGAGCAUGGCAUGCAGAACGCCCCAGGCUCAGUCCCUGCUGGCAGCAUCUCCAGGUGGGGCUGGGAGAGAGACCCUUGCUUGAAACCCGGGAGAGCCUUUGCUGCCUGUCCACUUUCUGCGUUGUGGUGGUGGGGCAGGUGAUGGGUGCUCUUAAUGGGGUGGGAUGGGGAGUUUGGCCCCAUGAAGGAGGAGAUUGAAGGUGUUGGAGGAGGGGAGCUGGGGUCAAGUCCCUCCUGGGCCCCAGACCAAAGACAUAAGACAUCUCAGCCUGUCUGAGUGUCUGUAAAAUGGGAACAAGCUGAUUUGCCUCGUCUUGAGAGCAGCAACACUUAAGGGCAGCAGAGCCCAUUGCAAAUACACAUCCUAGAAAAAGAGGAUAUAACUGGAAGGGUCAGCCUGUUUGGAAUGACAGCUGUCAGACUUCUUCAGAUGUGCCUCAGGAUUAGUGUGUUGAUUUGCUUCAGGGGGAUCCGGCCUCACUUUUGCUGGGCUGUUCCUGGAAAGGAAGGAGAUGCCCUAUACUGAAUCCCAUUGUUGGUUCAUCUAGCUCAGUCUACACUGACUGGUACCAGUUUUCCAGCAUUUCAGGCAGGAAUAUCUCUCGGCCUUACCUGGAGGCACCACUGUGGAUUGAACCUGGGGCCUUCUGCAUGCCAAGCAGGUGCUCUCCAACAUUGCUAAGCCCCAUCCCCUUCUGUUGUGCAGAAGUGGUUGUCAACAGAAUUGUGAAGUUGGAAGGUACACCUGAGGAUUAUCUAGUCCAACCCCCUGCAAUGCAGGUAUCAAAACUCAAACAUCCAUGACGGAUGGCAAAGGCUUGGAACUGCAUGCUGCUUUUCUUCGGCUGGGCAGGGCAUGAUUCGUGGGCCAGAGGGAAGCCUGCAUAGCCAGAGGAGGGGCAUCUGUGCUCAAGGGCCUCCUGCCUCUCUCCCCGCAGCCAUGGAUUUCCCUCAGCACAGCAAGCAGGUGCUGGAGCAGCUGAACCAGCAGCGGCAACUGGGUCUGCUGUGUGAUUGCACCUUUGUGGUGGAUGGCAUCGACUUCAAGGCCCACAAGGCAGUGCUGGCUGCCUGCAGCGAAUACUUCAGGAUGCUCUUUGUGGACCAGAAGGACGUGGUGCACCUGGACAUCAGCAACGCAGCAGGUGGGCCUAGCGGCGGAUGGGGUUGCGGGAUAUUAUCCCGUGCCUGAAAUGUAGGGUUGAGCUGCGUCCUAGCUGGCCAAUAUAACAGUUGCAAGGGGCCCAAAUGACCACCAGGUCCUGAAGCAGCCAGCCUAGGCUGUGCAGGUGUCCCACAGGAAGGGGCCUGCAGAGCUGAUUGAUUGCAUUAUAUCCAGCCUUUUUCUCUAAGGAGCUCAAGGUGGUUUGCGUGGUUCCCCCCUCCUCAAUUAAUCACCACAACAGCCCUAGGUUAGGCCGAGAAGCAGUGACUGGCCCCCAGGGUCCCCCAGUGAGAGCUUUAUGAAUGAGCAGAGAUUUGAACCCUGGUCCCUCCCAGAGUCCAGUCAAAGUCUCUUAAGGAGUACAGGUAAGUUAAGCAAGGUGAGUCCAGAAUGAAUGGCUCCAGGUGAGUUGAGCAAGGGACCCACGUUGCACGCCUCAUGCAAGGCAAACAGCAGCAAGCCCCCUUCUGAAAACUAUGGGGCAAGUUGUACCCUCCCACCUCUGGGCCAGAGAUAGAAGGCAGAGUCAGGCUUGAGCAAAAACCACCUUGGGGGAUGUAUGACUGGGCCCUGGCGGUGCCUCUGGUCCACCCAGUACCUUGUCCCCCAAUGUCCCUGGUGCACCCCCGGAAAAGUAGCAGUGGGUGCCUCCUUGGUCCCCAGAAGGAGCCUAGAGAUUUCUUUUAAGUUUCGAGGCAGCAUAUAAAUUAAAAGGUAAAGGUAAAGGGAUCCCUGACCAUUAGGUCCGGUCGUGGCCGACUCUGGGGUUGCGGCGCUCAUCUCGCUUUACUGGCCGAGGGAGCCGGCAUACAGCUUCCGGGUCAUGUGGCCAGCAUGACUAAGCCGCUUCCGGCGAACCAGAGCAGCGCACGGAAACGCCGUUUACCUUCCCGUCGUAGCGGUACCUAUUUAUCUACUUGCACUUUGACAUGCUUUCGAACUGGUAGGUUGGCAGGAGCAGGGACUGAGCAACGGGAGCUCACCCCAUCGCGGGGAUUCGAACUGCCAACCUUCUGAUCAGCAAGUCCUAGGCUCUGUGGUUUAACCCACAGCGCCACCCGCGUCCCAGCAUAUAAAUUACUUAAUAAAUAAAUACAGAAUUAAAAUAAAUAAAAUGGGAUACUAAGCCACAAAGUAUAAUUUUAUUUUGUAAAACAACUUAACUUCCAUGCGUGUGUGUAUGUCAUGUGCGACACAGGACCGGGUCUGAUUUCUUCACAUUAAUCUACAUGAACAAGACGUCCCCACCCCGCACCCCACCCAGUUUAGGUGGGAAUAAGUCAUAAAAAGGGAAGGGAAAAAUGGCUAGGGAGGGUGGGGAAUAUGGGGUGUUUCUUACCUUUACUGUUUUCAUUUUUAGCUUUGUAAAACUAUGAGAUUCAGUUUUUAAAAGAAGAGUGUGGAGAGGAAGGAGAUCUAGCAAAGUUCUGGCUUUUCCCCAUGAUGGCUCCUUCAAUGCUUUCUAUUUUUUAAAAUCAAAUUCUUUCAAAUUGUUGGUGCCCCUGCUUUGCGGAUGCCUUAAACCAGGGGUAGGCAACCUAAGACCCGGGGGCCGGAUGUGGCCAAAUCACCUUCUAAAUCCGGCCUGCGGAUGUUCCGGGAAUCAGCGUGUUUUAGAAUGAGUAGAAUGUAUCCUUUUAUUUAAAAUGCAUCUCUGAGUUAUUUGUGGGGCAAGUUUUUGACCCCUGCCUUAAACCAUGUGCUCAAUUUGCCUGUUGUGCCAUCCAGCCCUUGGCACUAGGGUUUGCUCUGCCUUGCAGGUGGGAAGUCCAUGAUGGUCUGUCAUAAGAACAUAAGCAGAGCCAAUGGCCCAUCUAGUCCUGCCUCCUGUUCUCACAGGGGCCAGCCACACACCUAUGCGAAGCCUGCGACCAGGAACUGAGCACAUGAGCAAUUCUCCCCUCCUGUGGUUCCCAGAAACGGGCAUUCACAAGCCUUGCUGCCUCCAACUGUGGAAGGCAGAGCAGAGCCGUUGUCGUGCGCUGACUGCCUGUCCGUGCCUGUUCCAGGUCUCGAGCAGGUGCUGGAGUUCAUGUACACAUCCAAGCUGAACCUGAGCCUAGAGAACGUGGAGGACGUCUUGGCUGUGGCCGGCUUCCUUCAGAUGCAGGAGAUCAUCAGCGCUUGCAACUCCCUGAGGACUCUUUCGGCGCCGGCAGAAGCUGCAGUGGAGAGCCCGGGAGACCCCCCGACAGCUGGUAUGGGGCUGUGGUUGUAAUUGUAUGAGCAGGGAGGUAACGGGGCACUGCUCUAGAUUUCUGGGCGAUCUCUGGUUAGAUCUCUGGAGAUUGGUCCAUGAGCCCCAAAAGGGGGUCUCAGUCCAAUAUUUAUUUAUUUAUAUUUUAACAAAAAGUUUUAUUUAUAAAGAACUACAAUUCAACACCAGUGUAGAAAAGUUAUUGAAAAUUAUGCAAGCACGAAUUAAGUAACUGGCUUCAUUCUUCACUCUUCAGACACCAGUGGUAGAAUUGAGAGGGAUACCAUUAAACCACUGCAUAUUUUCUUCUAUAGGUUUAAAGGUUAAAAUAAUAAGCAAAACAGACUCAGUAGCUAUUUCUAGUAAGAAGCACUCUGUAGAAGAGUAAUAUGGUCUCCUUUUAACAUGAUUCGACCCAGCUGUUUCCUUGAUUUUGUCUUGGAGUGAAUCUCCUCAGCAACAUCCAGAAUCAAGUUCAUAUAUUCAUCAAAUCCAGUAAUACAGCCUUCUAUCCUCAUGUUCACCUGUUCAUACAGCCACAACUGAAUUCUGGACCUAUUCUGUAGGUAUCUGAAGAUGAGGUUGACACCAUCACUUUCUGCAUCUUCUGGCCUUGCCAUGGCCGGCAGCUGGGCUGGGAACGACCCCUGACAGGACGAGCUGACUUAGGCAGGACGGGGCAGCCAACGGUCAACUCCUCUCCCUCCUCGCUUUAUCCCUCCCGAAUAUUUGUUUUUGUUGUUAUUAUUAUGAUUAUUGGAAGUGGAAGGGAACCCAUGUAUCUUCUAGUCUAAGCUCCUACAAUGCAGGAAUCUCAGCUAGAGCUUCCAUUACAGAUGGCCACACAGCCUCUACUUAAAAACCGUGCUGGACUUGUAACAGGCUAAAGGAAUAUUGGGAAAUAAUUUAUAAUGAAUUGGAAAAAAAAAUGGUUAAGUACCUUUCCAAAAAAAUCAGAAUCCUUCUUGUUGGGGAUAAUUCAGAUGGAAAUUCCCAGCUGUCAAAAAAGACUACAGUGGUACCUCUAGAUAUGAACGGGAUCUGUUCUGGAGCCCUGUUCGCAUCCAGAAGCAAACGUAACUAGCGACGGCAUGUCUGCACACACGCGCGUUGCUUUUUGCCGCUUCUGCUCAUGCGUGUGAUGUCAUUUUGAGCGUCUGCGCAUGCACAAGCGGUGAAACCCAGAAGUAACGCACUCCAUUACUUCCGGGUUGCUGCGGAGCGCAACUCGAACGUGCUCAACAUGAAGCAUAUUCAACCCGAGGUAUGACUGUAUUUAUGUAUGCCACUCCUGUGGCCCGUGUUUUGUUAGCCCAAAAAUGGAAAAUGAGAGAGGUCCCAUCCAAAGAAGAAUGGCAACUUAAACUGAUAGAAUAAACACAGCUUGCAGAAUUAACUUAUAGAAUAAGAGAACAAGAAGAACAUACGUUUAAAGAUGAUUGGAAAAUGUUUAUUGAAUAUAUGGGUGAAAAUUGUGUACAUUUAAAAACGCUGGCAGUAUUAGAUAAAUUAAACAGUGUAGAUAAUUUUUGAUGUAUCUAACAAUGAACUACUGAAUGGUUUAGCUUAUGUAAAAUAUGCAGGGAUUUAUGGUAUGUAAGUUGAGCCAUGGAAGGAGAAUAGGGGAAGUCAUUUGAGGUUGUUUAAAUGAAUAUUCUAAAAUGUAAAAUAGAAAAGCUUAAUAAAAAUUAUACAAAAAACAAAAAUCACCUGCCAAGGAAGGAGAGUUCUCUCACCUGUUCCUCAUAAAGAUUGGUUUCCAGACCCUUGAUCAUCUUGAUAGGGUAGAAUACAGCUGUUGCAUCACACAGCUGGCUUAUGUUAAGCUUGUGGUCCACCAAGAGGGAAUCUGUAGGGAGACCCCCACCUUGGCCUGAUCCAGCAGGGCGUUCCUCACCCUUCUCUCCCCCAGCACCUCCUCAAGUUCUUGUCAUCAUGGCAGCCCUUGUGCCCAUUGUGCAGAUGGGGUAAGUGGGUGGGGGCUCAGCAUCUGGUAGGUCAUAGCUGAGAGGAGCCUGUCCUAGUUGGUUUUGGCCCCUCUCUUUCCUAGGGCAGGAGAAAACGGCUGGUGGGGGUAAAGAGACGACAGAGACCCCCCGGGAUCUGGAGGAGACCCCACAGCCCCUACCCAGCAGCAUCCAGAAGGAGGCGGCCAUGGAGCCCACAGAGGAACAAGAGGAGGAGGAAGAGGAGGCUGAAUGUGCAGCUGGCAAGGGCUCAGGUAGGCACCGGGAACCAGGGGUCUUGGAUAGAGCCGGACUAAAUAAUAAUAAUAAUAAUAAUAAUAAUAAUAAUAAUAAUAAUUUAUUACAGUGGUGCCCCGCAAGACGAAUGCCUCGCAAGACGGAAGACCCGCUAGACGAAAGGGUUUUCCGUUUUGGAGGUGCUUCGCAAAAUGAAUUUCCUAUGGGCUUGCUUCGCAAGACGAAAAUGUCUUGCGAGUUCUUGCAGGGUUUUUUUCCUUUCCCCCUUUUUCCCAAGCCGCUAAGCCGCUUAUCAGCUGAGCCGCUAAGCCGCUUAACAGCUGAUCUGCUAAGCCGCUUAUCAGCUGAUCCGCUAAGCCGCUAAUAGCGCUAAUCCGCUAAACCGCUAAUGGGCUUGCUUCGCAAGACGAAAAAACCGCAAGACGAAGAGACUCGCAGAACGGAUUCUUUUCGUCUUGCGAGGCACCACUGUAUUUAUACCCCGCCCAUCUGGCUGGGUUUCCCCAGCCACUCUGGGCGGCUUCCAACUGAAUAUUAAAAACAGUACAGCAUCAGACAUUAAAAACUUCCCUAAAGAGGGCUGCCUUCAGUUGUCUUUUAAAAGUAAAAUAAAUAUGUGUAAAUCAUAUUUGUCUGCAUUGUGGUAUUUUCACAAUCUGCCCUGGAAGUGUUUGGUGAAGGGCACAAACAGUAAAUAAGCAAAUGAAAACUUUCGUUCAGUUGAAACACUCCUGCUUGGUCCUUGGAAGGUAAAAGAUAAAGGUAAAGAGACCCCUGACCACUAGGUCCAGUCGUGACCGACUCUGGGCUUGCGGCACUCAUCUCGCUUUAUUGGCCGAGGGAUCCGGCGUACAGCUUCCGGGUCACGUGGCCAGCAUGACUAAGCCACUUGUGGCGAACCGGAGCAGCGCAUGGAAACGCCGUUUACCUUCCCACUGGAGUGGUACCUAUUUAUCUACUUGCACUUUGACGUGCUUUUGAGCUGCUAGGUUGGCAGGAGCUGGGACAGAGCAACGGGAGCUCACCCCGUCGCGGGGAUUCGAACCGCCGACCUUCUGAUCGGCAAGUCCUAGGCUCUGUGGUUUAACCCACAGCGCGACCCGGGUUCAAAUCCUGACGUCUCCAGAGAGCCCGCCACCAGUCAGUGCAUGUGAUGCAGGGCCAAAUGGACCAGUGUCGCUUCCUGAGCCUCUGUUUAAAUCAGCCCUUUAUGUGGAGCCGCAAGGGCUCGUGUUUCCUUCAUUUUCAGUAGCUGAGUGGUAGAACACCUGCUUUGCAUGCAGGAGGUCCUGGUUUGUUCCCCGUACCACCAGGUUUGGCUGAGAAUGUUCCCUGCCUUGUGGGCUGCUGCCCAUCGGUGUGGGCAAUACUGAGCUUGGCUGAGCAGUGGUCUGAUUUGGUACCAGGGGACUUCCUUUGGGAGAAGCCUCCAUGUGGUGGGGAGAGAGCUGGCUUGGGAUCACGGCAGCAAUUUAUAAAAAAAAAAACCACCUCUAUUCCAGUCCUCUCCCAAAGCUCAGGGCACACUGAAACAUCUCAGAACAAAACCUAAAAAUCUGUUUCGAAACCUUGGGUGCCUUGCCUGAUGCAAUGAAAUGGGCCAAAAAUCCAAGUAGAGCUUAUUUGAAGAAGCUUCAGAAGUCUCUUACAGAGAAUAAAAAGGCCCCCCAAGGGCCAUCUAGUCCAACCCCCUGCAAUGCAGGAAUCGCAGCCCAGUAAUCCGGGUGUGGUACGGCCUUCCCCCACAACCUCCAGAUGUUUUGGGUGUUGUAGUCCAAAACAUCUGGAGGGCAGCAAGUUGGGGAAGGCUGGUGUGGGAUCUGAAGACCCAAGAGGAGGAAAUUCAAACUAAAUCUUUAGGAAGACUGCAUUACUCAGCGUUCAUGAGAUCUAGCACCUUGGGUGGGACUUGAUUUUAACAUUUGCAGCAGGCUUCAUCUGUUAGCCGAGGAUGUCUGUUCGCUUCCCUCCCCCAUCAAAUCCUGCCCUGCUUCCUGUUCCCUCUCUCAGAUUUGUUGCCCCUUAUCCCCGUGGCUGUUGGUCACUAGUGCUGAGGGGUAUGUGACCAGCUCCUCUCUUUUUUUCAGCUGUGGAAGACGACGUCUCCUCCCCAGUGCCUGAGACCUCGCAGACGGAAGACUCCUCCCCUGGGGAAAGCAGCGAUGCCCCAAAACUUGCCCUUUCGAGGGCUGCAGAGGAUGGUGAGUGGCAACAGAAGCAGGGCGGAAAGCCUCUCUUGGGUGCUUCUGGGGGUGAUCUCUGUGUGGCACCCAAAGGAUCUUUGCUUUCCCUUUGCCCAUGACGCCUGUAGGUCAAGAGGGCACCAAGCGAGAUUCCUUUCGGAAAGAACAUUCUUGUAUCACCUCAGAAGGGCAACAGAUGAGGCUUGCAGGAUCCAGGUUCAUAGAAUCAGAGAAUUAUUAUUAUUAUUAUUAUUAUUAUUAUUAUUAUUAUUAUUAUUUUAUUUAUACCCCGCCCUUGCCAGCCAGAGCUGGGCCUAGGGCGGCUAACACCAGUAAAAUUACAAUAAAAACAUAAUAUGGGGGGGGGGGGGUUUAAAAAAAAAGGUUAAAAUGCAGCCUCAUUUUAAAAGUAGCCCAUGGAAUUGCGGAGUUGGAAGGGAUCCCUGAGGUUCAUCUAGCCCAACCCCCUGCAAUGCAGGGAUCCAAGCUGAAGAUUUCAGGAAGAUGGCCUUCGAGUAUCUGAAAGGCUGCCAGCGGGGGGGGAAGGCAGAGCAGACCUUUGUUCUCUCUGUUCCUCCAGAGGGCAGAGCAUGCAGGUGGACAAGCAGGGAGGCAGAUUUUGGCAAAACCUUAGAGGGCUCCUUUGGCCAGGGGGGCACCACCCACCUCAGGCUCAGAAGCAUCACCUGGGCGUCCUUCUGUUGGGGAGGGGGCUGUACGUUGCAGGAUCCCGAUCCUUAGCAGAGGGUCAGGCUAGAUGCCCUCCAGAAACCCCGCCCGCCUUGCCGAUUUUGUGAAUGUAAUCCCGGAGCGUACAGGGGGAAGGGUUUUUGGGGAGGCAGCUGCAGCCGCCUAGACACUAUUGGCUCCCACAAGAUGGCGUCUAGCGCAGGUGGCCCACUAGACUGCUUCUUUCUCUCUGUGUCUCUAGCUGAGCCCUCUGACCUGAAGCUGCCCUCUGAGAUGGAGGUAGAGCUGGAAGGCAAGGGCGAGGGGACCGUGCUGCCGGAGGCCGAGGUACCUUCCCAGGCCCACGAGGCCCAGCUGGCCAACGGCAACUCCCAGGAUGAGGAAGAGUCGGGGGGCACGGACUCCGGGGCAGAGAACGCAGGGGAGGCCCGGCUUCUGCGCUCGGGGACCUACAGUGACAGGACCGAGUCCAAGACCUACGGGUCGGUCACCCACAAGUGCGAGGUGAGAGAUUAUCAUUUCAAAAAAUGCAUACUAUGCUGAGCACUGGACGGUUGGCCCAACAGCAUCUGCUGCAGCCGCCUUUUGCAGCCUAACUUUCUGCAGCUGAAAUAUGAUGUGGCGUGGACCUUCUACCCCAGAAUGUUUUACUUUGAUGUUGAACCAACAGUGAUAGGACAGGCAAACCAUGUCCAGUGGUGCCUCAGGUUACAUACGCUUCAGGUUACAGACUCCGCUAACCCAGAAAUAUUACAUCGGGUUAAGAACUUUGCUUCAGGAUGAGAACAGAAAUCAUGCUCCGGCGGCGCAGCAGCAGUAGGAGGCCCCAUUAACUAAAGUGGUGCUUCAGGUUAAGAACAGUUUCAGGUUGAGUACGGACCUCUGGAAUGAAUUAAGUACUUAACCUGAUGUACCACUGUAUUUCACUAUCAGCCGUAAGUUGUUGGGGGUUUUUGCAACAAAACCUGGUUGCUGUUACCAACCACCUUGAAUAGCUCACUGGGCCAAUUUUAAGAAAGGCCAGAUCCUGUCCUUAUGGCCUGGGUGACCUGUAUGCUUGAUCAGUAGCCACACUCCUCAGUUGUCUCUCGAGACAGACAGAUGCCAAACAGUAGGACAGAUCCUUUAUGACAUUGAAGAGAAGUAAGAGGCUCUCCAGUUGAGAGUAUGGUAGACGAAGGAGCCAUUUCAAAUUCAGCAGCAACAUCUUGCAUCUUGCCAACGUUACCUGUCCAUUUGCUGUUGGACAAGGCCUCCCUAUCGGAUGCCAUGAUCACGUGUCACAGGGGGAACUCGUUGGUGUGGAGGGCACAAACCAACCAGAUCAGCUUAUGACUGAGCUUGACCUCUACCUGAUGGCACCACCCUUCUGACUGGUGUGAACAUUUGUAGAAUCGCCUCUAACAACCUGCAGGUGGGUUAUCAGUGCCCUUCGACAAGAUUACAAGCAAUAACUCGUAAUCAAUGCAAUUCUGGGCUGCAUCAAUAGGAGUAUAGCAUCUAGAUCAAGGGAAGUAAUAGUGCCACUGUAUUCUGCUCUGGUCAGACCUCACCUGGAGUACUGUGUCCAGUUCUGGGCACCACAGUUCAAGAAGGACACUGACAAACUGGAACGUGUCCAGAGGAGGGCAACCAAAAUGGUCAAAGGCCUGGAAACGAUGCCUUAUGAGGAACGGCUAAGGGAGCUGGGCAUGUUUAGCCUGGAGAAGAGGAGGUUAAGGGGUGAUAUGAUAGCCAUGUUCAAAUAUAUAAAAGGAUGUCACAUAGAGGAGGGAGCAAGGUUGUUUUCUGCUGCUCCAGAGAAGCGGACACGGAGCAAUGGAUCCAAACUACAAGAAAGAAGAUUCCACCUAAACAUUAGGAAGAACUUCCUGACAGUAAGAGCUGUUUGACAGUGGAAUUUGCUGCCAAGGAGUGUGGUGGAGUCUCCUUCUUUGGAGGUCUUUAAGCAGAGGCUUGACAACCAUAUGUCAGGAGUGCUCUGAUGGUGUUUCCUGCUUGGCAGGGGGUUGGACUCAAUGGCCCUUGUGGUCUCUUCCAACUCUAUGAUUCUAUGAACUUCAGCUGGUUUUUCUUUCUUUGAGCCUUUCUCCGGAGUGAAGUGGUAGAGAUAUAUUCCACCUGGCUCACUGCGCACAGAAGAAGGCGACAGUGGUGUGGUGGCAGCUGUGGCACGCAGGCCCAACACCAUAUCUGAUGCUCUGCAGAACAUUAUGCAUCUCUAAUGUGUUGUACUCUGUCUUUUUAUGCGAAGUGGAAAUCAUACUUGGUUUUCCUAAUGUCACUUCAUGACUUCCAUUAUUUCCAUCCUGAGCAUCUUUGCUCUUCAUUUUCAUCAGCAGAUUUUUUUUGUAUUUAAUUUGAUGGCAUUGAUGCAUUCUGCUUAUUUCUGCUUAUAUUCAGCAAGCUGCCUUCUCUUGUCUUCUUGUUGCUUCUGCUCUUUGUCUGUUAUGCUCAGGCAGAUCGGGCAAGCCAAUCUGAUGGUGCAAUCGCUUUUUGAUGAUUUUUAUGCAAUUUCACGCAUAUUUUUUCCCAUGAAAAAUAGUAACGCAAGUUUAAAACCAUUGAAAAGUCCUCGUAUUUUUUACAUAGCUGUUUACCAAACUAAAUUAUAUUAAUUAAACUGCAAUAGGUUUUGAAUUCCUGAGUCGUGUAACAAAUUUUUUUAUCACCCCUCAUUUUGGGAAUUUUGAAAGUUGGAAAAUUUGGCAUUUGUCCACUUGCGAGGGGGCUUCCUUGGGACCAGCCGCUUAUGCCGCCUCCUCCUUCUCCCCCCCCCCCAACAGGACUGCGGGAAGGAGUUCACUCACACUGGCAACUUCAAGCGGCACAUCCGGAUCCACACCGGGGAGAAGCCCUUCACCUGCCGCGAGUGCAGCAAGGCCUUCUCUGACCCAGCAGCCUGCAAGGCGCAUGAAAAGACACACAGGUAGGUGUCCAGUGACCAGCGAGGCUGAUCCAGGAGGGGAAGGCAUUGCGGUAGAACGGGCAGCCUCGUGAAGGAAGGGGCGGAAGGAUUCCCGUUGGCAGUCGGGGCAGCCGUGCGAUGCCCGUGCUGACAGCUCAGCCUUCCCUGCCCAGCUUCCGUCUGCAUAAAUGGCGCAAAUGCCGACGAUGCGCAUCCUCCCAGGGUUGUGGGGAGGCUGCAUGAGCCUCCGACCUCUUGGUUGGCAUUACCAGCAGAUCUUCUCGGCUGUAGUUAAUCAAAGCUGACAUUUGCACCCAGGACCACCUCCUGCCCUUAAAAUCAUGAUUAGGUAAAGGUAAAGGGACCCCUGGCCAUUAGGUCCAGUCGUGACCGACUGGGGAUGCGGCGCUCAUCUCGCUUUAUUGGCCGAGGGAGCCGGCGUACAGCUUCCGGGUCAUGUGGCCAGCAUGACUAAGCCACUUCUGGCAAACCAGAGCAGCGCAUGGAAACACCGUUUACCUUCCCGCCGGAGUGGUACCUAUUUAUCUACUUGCACUUUGAUGUGCUUUCGAACUGCUAGGUUGGCAGGAGCAGGGACCGAGCAACGGGAGCUCACCCCAUCACGGGGAUUCGAACUGCCGACCUUCUGAUCGGCAAGUCCUAGGCUCUGUGGUUUAACCCACAGUGCCACCCGCGUCCCUAAAAUCAUGAUUAUUCAUUAAAUUUGUAAACCGCCCAAUACCCACAGGUCUCAGGGCGGUUCACAAUAUGAAAUCGCAAGAUGAAAACACAAAAUACAUAAAUAAAACAAAAACAACCACAGCCUUUGAGGUGCCAGCCCGUCCUACUAAGCACCAAGCUGUUCUGUAAAAACACCUUACUGUUGUGCCACCCUGCAGCAAGGGGUUCCGCCGGUUAACGGCAUCUUUUCUUUCUGCAAAGCUGUCCUUCAUUCCCUCUUGCCCACCCUGAAUUCUCCCGCAGCAGCGUAAUUACGCUUCUGUUAGUUGUGGAGUCAGGUGGGCCGGUAGCAUCGGUGACCCUUCCUUCUCCCUCUCCCCCGUUCUCCCAGCCCCCUGAAGCCAUACAGCUGUGAGGAGUGUGGCAAGAGCUACCGCCUCAUCAGCCUGUUGAACCUGCACAAGAAGCGCCACACCGGGGAGGCCAAGUACCGCUGCGAGGACUGCGGCAAGCUUUUCACCACCUCGGGCAACCUGAAACGCCACCAGCUGGUCCACAGCGGGGAGAAGCCCUACCGGUGUGACUACUGCGGCCGCUCGUUCUCUGACCCCACCUCCAAGAUGCGCCACUUGGAGACCCACGACACCCACAAGGAGCACAAGUGCCCCCAUUGCGAGAAGAAGUUCAACCAGGUAAGGCUGGAGGGCAGCUCCCCUGCUCGGGCUGGGGGGGACGGUGGAACGCCUGCGGGGGUUUGGGACCACCCCCCACCCCCUCUCAAAGCCGGUCUCUCGCCUUUGCUGCCAGGUGGGGAACCUCAAGGCCCACUUGAAGAUCCACAUUGCCGAUGGACCCCUCAAGUGCCGGGAGUGCGGAAAGCAGUUCACUACGUCAGGUAUGUGGCUCUUGGGGGUCGCCCAGACGGGCUGGGUGGACCCCAGCCUCCUUUGCCCGCAGCCCAUCUGGGGCCUGUGUCGAGGGAGCUGACACAGAGCACAGUCCAUUUGCAGAUCAGAGAGAAAUGAGGCAACGUGAGCUCACUUGCAGUUAGUUGUUUGGUUAAGGAAUCGGAACAGAAAACAUACAGAGACCUCUGAGAUAUACUCCACUAUAGCAAGCAGUUGCUUGGGCUGUUUUGCACCUCCCACUUUACUCCAUUCCCUGCGUUUUGGGCCCCUCUAUAGUGGACGCAGGUGGCGCUGUGGGUUAAACCACAGAGCCUAGGACUUGCCGAUCAGAAGGUCGGUGGUUCGAAUCCCCACGAUGGGGUGAGCUCCCGUUGCUCGGUCCCUGCUCCUGCCAAUCUAGCAGUUUGAAAGCACAUCAAAGUGCAAGUAGAUAAAUAGGUACCACUCUGGCGGGAAGGUAAGCGGCAUUUCUGUGCACUGCUCUGGUUUGCCAGAAGCGGCUUAGUCAUGCUGGCCACAUGAACCGGAAGCUGAACACCAGCUUCCUCGGCCGAUAAAGUAAGAUGAGCGCCGCAACCCCAGAGUUGGCCACGACUGGGCCUAACGGUCAGGGGUCCCUUUAUCUUUACCUUUAUAGUGGCCUCCAAGGGCCCCUCUCUGUCUCUGCCUGGCUCUCUGUUAUGUGUAGCAAAGAGGAGCCAGCAGGCUGUCGGCAGAAACACUGGCAGGGGUGAAGCUGCCACGUCUGACUCCUGUCUUUACUCCGUGUUGGGGCACCUGAAUGUUUCCCCCUUUUCCUCAGCCUCCAAACUCCCAGCCUCUAGUACCUCCCAGCUCUUCCCCUCCUCUGGGGUGUGUCCAGUUGUCCACCACCAGGAGGCCUGGAUCCAAAUCCUCUCCCUCGGCGCUUUCCCUGGGGAAAGGCGGUUUCCACCACUCCUCCUGAUCUAGCCAGUCUCCAUAUGUAAAGAAAUACAGUGGUGCCUCGCAAGACGAAAUUAAUCCGUUCCGCAAGAGUCUUCGUCUAGCGGUUUUUUCGUCUUGCGAAGCAAGCCCAUUGACGGAUUAGCGCUAUUAGCGCUAUCAGCUGUUUAGCGGCUAUUAAAGGCUUAAAGGCUUAGGGGAUUAGCUGCUAAAAGGCUAUUAAAGGCUAUUAAAGGCUUAGCAGAUUAGAUAAAGGGUGGGGUGAAAGCGAAAAAAAAUCUCAGGACUCGCAAGGUAUUUUCGUCUUGCGAAGCAAGCCCAUAGGGGAAUUCGUCCUGCGAAGCAACUUCAAAACGGAAAACCCUUUCGUCUAGCGGUUUUUCCGUCUUGCGAGGCAUUCGUCUUGCGGGGCACCACUGUAUACAAUAAUAAGAUUACAUUCAUUUGGAAAAAAAGAAUAUACAACAGGAAGUCUAGUGUGUUGGUAUGUAUAUAAUCUUUUGGGGGGGAAUUGUUUUUGUUUUUUCUUGUUUUUUUGUUUGUUUCAUUUUCUUUCCAGGUAUAUAAAAUUUGUAUAUAAUUUUUGUAUACAUGUUGGAAAUUAUAUGAUAGUAAGUCCUGUAAUGUAAUAUGGCAACGUUUACCGAUGUAAUAUAUGAAUGUUAACAAAUAAAUAAAAUGCAAAUUCAAAAAAUAAUAAUAAUCUAGCCAGUCUCCGACAGCCUGCUCAAGGCCUCUCCAUACUUCCUCCUCCUUCGCCCGCAGGCAACCUCAAGCGACACCUGCGCAUCCACAGUGGGGAGAAACCGUACAUCUGUGUGCACUGCCAGCGGCAGUUUGCCGACCCAGGGGCUCUGCAGCGCCACGUCCGCAUCCACACGGGUGAGUUUGGCCAAGGGGGCGCUUCCUUCAUUUCCUGGGUGGUCAGAGAAGGCGUUGUAGCUGUUACCUCCCAGCCGGGUGGCUCUCCCAGGCCUGACCUGCUAGGGCUCAUAGGAUCAUAGAGUUCUAUGGAGUCGGAAGGGAAGGAGAGUCCGCCGCUUCCCCAGGCCUCUGUCAAACAGCUCCUACUGUUCUUCCUCGUGUUCAGUUGCAAUCUCCUUCCUUAUCAUUAGAAUCUGUUGGUUCAAGUUACGUGGAAAUUCCAGCUAAACAUUGUGGGAAUGUUAAGGAUAGUAGGAAAGGAUAUAUUGAAUAAGUAUUAUCCUUCCUUCACUCAUGCUAUGCCCGUCUAAUGUUCGUAUAUACCUUGUCAAUAGUAUUUUCUCCCCUUGUUGCACACUGCCUUCUGGAAGAAGGUACAGGGUUAUAAAGACUAGGACUAGCCACCUGAGAAACAGUUUCUACCCAAAUGCAAUUCUGGUUUUAAACGCAGUAUAAGGGGUCUCUAUAGGAGUAUAUUGUAUUUUAAAAUGGGGUUUCAGAGUUUUUAGGAGGUUUUGAAUGUCUUAUGUAGAUUUUUCAAUUUCAUUGUUCUGUAUGGGACAAUGACAAUAAAGAUAUUGUAUCAUAACUUAAAAAGAAGUGAUGUAGCAGAGCAGAUUCCCCUCAAUAUAGCUGGAAGCUAGUUUGCAGAUUCAUUUGAAUCUCUUAGUUAAGAUUAUUUCCUGGUGUCCCCUUUAAUCCCUCUUAAAAGAAUAAAGACACAAGAGUCUUUCUGAGUAAAGUAACUCACAUUUUAAUUCAAGAUAUGAUCCCUGAAAGGCAGGAUUUACUUUAGUGGUUACACAAGCAAAGUGUGAGUUAAUCUCAUAGGGAAACUGAACUCAUGUGCUGCUGGCUGAGAGCCAGCAGACAGCAAAAUAACAUUAAGAUAACAAAAUGGCUGCAGGAGAGCAGCGUGGCAGCAAAAGAACAACAACAAGAGAGAGAAUAAGACGACUGAGAAAAUGGCUGCAUGACUCAACUCUUUUAUGGAGUCAGCCAGAGCCACGCGCAUGUCCCAGGUCACAUGCAGGGGGAGGCUGCUCCAGGCCAGUGGAACAGGAAGUUACGCUGCCUGGAUGUCCCCCUGCCUGUGCCCACUCUUGGGAAAUCAGGAAUGUUGCCCUUGACUGUACCAAGAGAUUACACCCCACAAACAUUAGGAAGAUGUGGGAGGGACAACCUCAGAAGAUUGAACCUUGGACCUUCUGCAUGCAAACUUGGAGCUCUGACCCUGAGCCGUGGUCUCUUUCCUUAACAAUAAAGCAAGCUUGUAGUCCUCAAGCCAUCCAAGUAGGUGGCCAGCCCUGUGCCCCCGUGAUGUUACCCUCCCCUCCCUUCUCUCCCCAGGCGAAAAGCCCUGCCAGUGCCUGAUCUGUGGCAAGGCCUUCACUCAAGCCAGCUCCCUCAUUGCCCAUGUGCGCCAGCACACCGGGGAGAAGCCUUACGUCUGCGAGCGCUGCGGCAAGAGGUGGGCCCCUCUCUUGGCUCUUGGCCUGGCCUAGGGAGAGCUUCAGGGGUCAUCUUCAUCCAUCCUGGACUGGGGGCUGUGUUUUUGCAUGGUGGGAGGAGGCGAUCUGUACCAUGUGCUAAAACAAAGUAUUUGUGUUGGGCUUUGGGGGGGGGGUUGCUAAACAUGGAGGCAGGGCGGGAGAUUAAACUGGGCCCUCCAAUUAUUUUAUAUAGAUAUAUGCUUAGAUAGGGACGCAGGUGACGCUGUGGGUUAAACCACAGAGCCUAGGACUUGCUAAUCAGAAGGUCGGCGGUUCGAAUCCCCGCAACGGGGUGAGCUCCCGCUGCUCGAUCCCUGCUCCUGCCAACCUAGCAGUUUGAAGGCACAUCAAAGUGCAAGUAGAUAAAUAGGUACCGCUCUGGCGGGAAGGUAAACGGCGUUUCCGUGCGCUCCUCUGGUUCGCCAGAAGCAGCUUAGUCAUGCUGACCACAUGACCCGGAAGCUGUACGCCGGCUCCUUCGGCCAAUAAAGCGAGAUGAGCGCCGCAACCCCAGAGUCGGCCAUGACUGGACCUAAAGGUCAGGGGUCCCUUUACCUUUUACCUAUGCUUAGAGAAGCCUGUCUGAAUGCUUAGAAAGUCAAGGUGAAUUUUAGCUCGUUUCAGUAGCUUAACUUUUUGGACUAUUGUUGAAGGAAAAAGAAAAUCUUGUUUUGUGUUUUUGCAAACCACUUUGAGGUUUGUUGGUUUGUUUUACAGUCAAGCAGCCUAUAAAUUCUGUUAAAUAAAUCCAGGGAAACAUUUUGAAUACCUAGAAGUCCUGUACACGUUUCAGUUCUGUUUCUGUGCCUCCCCCCUUCAGGUUCGUCCAGUCCAGCCAAUUGGCCAACCACAUCCGUCACCACGACAACAUCCGCCCCCACAAGUGCAGCGUCUGCAACAAGGCCUUCGUGAACGUGGGUGACCUCUCAAAGCACAUCAUCAUCCACACAGGUGAGUCCGGCUGUAGGGAGAGCCCUGGGGCAGCUGCAUCUAGCCAGGUCCACUCCAGCCUCCUGUCUGUUAGUGCAUGAGCACCAACUCUUUCUUCAACUUGGCAGAGUUACUCAAAGACUUCCUGCACAGGAGCAUCAGUGCAGCCUUCUCUUGGUAAAUUCCCAUAACAGGAAUAACCACCGUUCCUAUCCAGUUCUUUCCUUAAAUUCUUUAUUAUUUACAUUGCAAGUUGCAUAUAAAAUAAGAAACAGAACUACCGUGGUACCUCGGUUUUCGAACGUCUCCAUUGACGAACAUUUGGGUUUUCAAACGCCAUAAACCCGGAAGUAAAUGCUUCAGUUUUCAAACACACCUCCCAAGUCGAACACGUUACAUGGCUUCCACUGAGUGCAAGAUCCUGAGGCCUGGCUGCUGCCUAUUGAGUUUCCGGUUUUUGAAUGUUUUGAAACAGUUUUCGAUCUUCCAUAAUGGAUUACGUUCAAAAACCGAGGUACCACUGUAUAUGCAGAUCUCUGCACCUUUCAGCUAUUUGGCCAGAGAGACAGGCUCACAAACUUUCUCAUAUUCUGGCAGGCGCACUCCGCCGCAUGCCCUGAUAAAGAUGCCUGGAGAGAAUUCUUGUCACUAGGCAGAUGUUUUAGGUGUGCUUCAAGGCGGUUUCAAGUUUAUUUUGGCAAGACACCAACACUGUCUUCCCGCUGGCCAGCCUGAUGCCCCACGGAGAAGCCCCUGAGCGAGACCCAAGUGCAACAGCAGCACCUUCCCCACUUCGUAUCCUUUGAGAGCGCAAACUGCCUCAAGACGGUGGAGGUAGAAUACAUAGGCACAGCGAGACUGCGAUAGUCAUGUGCAGAGCAGGGAGUGUUACGCAGUGGUGGGGCCCUGCUGGACCUCUCUGUGAGAGAGGCCAAAAUGAGAGGCAGCCAGCUGGCAGGUUGCUGAGGCCUCUGCCCCAUCCUGGACUCCCCGCAGGCGAGAAACCCUUCCUCUGCGACAAGUGCGGCCGCGGCUUCAACCGUGUGGACAACCUCCGCUCUCACGUCAAGACGGUCCAUCAGGGCAAGGCCGGGAUGAAGGUUCUGGAGCACGGGGAGGGUGACGAGUUCAACAUCGUGACCGUGGCUUCCGACGAGAUGGUGACUCUGGCCACGGAAGCCCUGGCGGCCACGGCAGUCACACAGCUGACAGGUGAGCGGGAGAUCCUGGCCUUGUCAUUCUCUUACCAAGGGCCUGAGGGAGGCUUGAGAACUCGGGCGGGGCUCUCCCCUUAAAAAAGAAUGCUUGCAACACUCGUGAGCGCCACGAGCAAUUUGCAUUUUCCUCCUCCCUUGCUUUAUUCUUUAUUACUCUAUUAUCCUUGGCAAAUAGAGGAGGUUGCAAAAGAGCUAGUAAACUGAAUUUUGAAAUCCAAACAAAUGAAGCCUUCUGGUUUUCACCCAGAGUUGAAUAGUUGUGGGCAGGGUGGCUUUUCUCCUUCUUCGCUCAUUGCCUACGCUGAGGAGCAGUAUCUCCAGUGUUUCAAAUGGGGAUGGGGUGUUUUUCCCAGCUGGAAAUGCUGCUGGAAACUGAAUGCCUAGGACCUGCCUGCCAAACAGAUGAUCUAACACACUGAAGCUACGGCCUCUUCCCUGUCCGUGGAACAAUCUUUGCUAGGGUAUUUAGUGUCUUCUCCCCCCUUCCCCCCUCCCCCAGUAUUUCAGUCCCUCCUUAAGCCCUCCCCGCUGCUAGGAAGGGUCCCCACCACAAUGCAAAGGGCCCCUCUGCUGGCCACGGGGCCUCCAUUGUGCCGCUCAACUCCCCCAUGGUUCUCCUCUGCAGUGGUCCCCAUGGCAGCGCCUGUCACAGCUGACGAGACGGAAGCCUUGAAGGCUGAAAUAACAAAGGCUGUGAAGCAAGUGCAGGAAGCAGGUGAGCAUCCAUCUGGGAGCAUUCGGGCCACUACCCCUCCAAAGGAGGCGCUUGGCUCAGCUUUCUACGUCACAGCUCAGACUGCGCAGAACACAAAAGUUGGGCUGUUUGUAGAAGCUUGCAGUAUAGAAAUCUGGCCACAAGGGUGCAGCACCCCAAUGUGUGACCAGCUGUUUUAUGCUCUUCCCCAUUCUUUGGCCUUUCAGGCGAUGGGGUUGAGCUUGAAAAGGGAUGCAACUCUUAACAGUUCUCAGAGAUGUUGGAUUUCUAGAGAGGGUCUAUUUUUCCUACCAUCCUUCAGUAAUGCAGCAAGGUGUGCCCUCCAGCUCUUUGGGGCUACAGCAAGUCCUAGGCUCUGUGGUUUAAUCCACAGCACCACCCGCGUCCCUGUUCAUCCAUGUAUCCCUAUAUAAAAGAGGAAAAUACUAAAAGCCAGCUUUUAAAUGUACCUAAAUACAGGUUCACGGUGGUGGUUUUUAAAAAGGUGCACGUAAAGGAAAAGAAGACGUGCUUAGUAACAGUAAGGAGCUUCACUCCUGGAUUCUCUCGUCUGCAAAGAGAAGGGCUUUGGUCAGGGGGGCUUUGCCCUAAAUUCACCUCUGCCACCUGCCAUGCUGUUGGGUCUGCUUACGCUCCAGCGGGGUGAGAACAGUAGGUGUGCACAAGUUUUCAAAGUGUACUUUUUUGUCAGGCUCAGUUGCACUAGACCAGGGGUCAGCGAACUUUUUCAGCAGGGGGACGGUCCACUGUCCCUCAGACCUUGUGGGGGGCCGGACUAUAUUUUGCAGAGAGAGAAAACAACGAAUUCCUAUGCCCCACAAAUACCCCCGAGAUGCAUUAUAAAUAAAAGAACACAUUCUACUCAUGUAAAAACACGCCGAUUCCCGGACCGUCUGUGGGCCGGAUUUAGAAGGUGAUUGGGCCGGAUCUGGCCCCCGGGCCUUAGUUUGCCUACCCAUGCACUAGACAUUUAAAAUGUCGUGCCACUUCAAACAAGUCCUGGCAGCCCCAAAAUAGCACCAAAGAACUGCAGUUCCCAGGAUUAAGUGUAGUGCAGAGAGCCCCGUUUCUCCCCCCAGAGCUACAUUUCUCAAGUGGUUUAACACUUAAUACCUCUUCGCAGGGACCUCUAGGAAUUGUAGUCCUGUGGGAGAGCCCUUACACCUUGCCUCAGCAUUUGUGACAAACUACACCUCCCUGGUUUCUUUACGGAAAGCUAUGAUUUGUAGGAUGGGUGGCUGGGGCUGUUUGAAGCGAUUCACCCAUGGCCCUACGGCUCGGCCUUUCUGUAUGACUGUCUCUGGGAUGAAGCACUUUCAAAGAAAACAGAUGGGACUGACCACCCCGGCUCUCCUGCAAUUUGCUGUCUUCUGGCUUUGUCCUGUCUUUCCAGAUCCAAACACCCAAAUCCUGUACGCUUGCGACUCCUGCGGGGAGAAGUUCCUGGAUGCCAACAGCCUGGCCCAGCACGUCCGCAUCCACACAGCCCAAGCCCUGGUGAUGUUCCAGGCAGACACAGACUUUUACCAGCAGUACGGUGCCCCCACUGCUGCCUGGCAGCCUGAACAGGUCAUUCCCUCAGGGGAGCUGCUCUUCCGCGCGAGGGAUGGCAACGAGGCCCAACCCACUUCUCUGCCCACAGAGGCCCCACAGACUGCAGAGUGAAGGGAGGGCUGGUUGCAGAGGGGCAAGGGGACCGGUAUGGAUUCUACUACAUGCUGCUCGUUCGGGGCGGCACGUGUGGUUUGGUUUUAAGGUGCUGCUGGCUGUUCCCUCCUUGCCCAUCCAAUGCCUCCAGCUUCACUCACAAGCAGCUAUUUUAAGGAGGUGACGACGGCGUUACCAAUGUAAAAAAAAAAAAAAAAAGGAUUAUUUCUGUAUUUUAGAAGCUCCUGCAUCUGUGUUAAUAUUUAGAAACAAAAUAAAGGCCAUUAUUUUCUAACGUCUGAUUCAAAAUG